AUGCCCCGCCCCCAGCACAUACUGCGCUCCGCUAUGCCCCGCCCCCAGCACAUACUGCGCUCUGUUAUGCCCCGCCCCCAGCACAUACUGCGCUCCGUUAUGCCCCGCCCCCAGCACAUACUGCGCUCCGUUAUGCCCCGCCCCCAGCACAUACUGCGCUCCGUUAUGCCCCGCCCCCAGCACAUACUGCGCUCCGCUAUGCCCCGCCCCCAGCACAUACUGCGCUCUGUUAUGCCCCGCCCCCAGCACAUACUGCGCUCUGUUAUGCCCCGCCCCCAGCACAUACUGCGCUCUGUUAUGCCCCGCCCCCAGCACAUACUGCGCUCUGUUAUGCCCCGCCCCCAGCACAUACUGCGCUCUGUUAUGCCCCGCCCCCAGCACAUACUGCGCUCUGUUAUGCCCCGCCCCCAGCACAUACUGCGCUCUGUUAUGCCCCGCCCCCAGCACAUACUGCGCUCUGUUAUGCCCCGCCCCCAGCACAUACUGCGCUCUGUUAUGCCCCGCCCCCAGCGCACCCCUCAGAAUCCUGCGUUUAGUGAAGGGCCCGGUCACACCACAUUAACAAAAUUGCUAAAAGAUGAAACAUGA